CCUCACAUUUGCGCAUUUCUUCAGCUUGACAAUGACAUAGGUAUAGGUAUCUCUUUAAAAAGGCCUGUAUUUUCCGUUUGCAAUGUCCAGAUGCCCAUUGACAAAGGAUCAGAAGGACAUGCUUCGAUGGAGUUCCAACAUGAUCGUCCAGCACAAUGAACCAAGCCAUCUGAUUUUCCUGUCGAUACUCAUAGGGGAUCCAUGAUAAAGCAGAAAGAGUCGAGAGGUGCCAUGUGUUGUCUAGUAAUCCACGUAAGGCCACGCUGAUGAAGCUGGCCCUGUAUGAAGCCAUACGCGCUUUUGUUCAGAGGCGAGAAGACGGCAGAUUAGAAGAGGCGAAGAAAAAGUUUGUGGGAGUAUCGGCGGAGACCAUUUAUUGCAUCUACGCCCAAGACGUGCAGCUGCGCGUGAGAGCGUCUCAUCACAGGCACAGGAAGAAAGUUGACGAAUACUUGAUCAGGUACACACAAGGUCAGAGGCUGCUUGCAAUCGCAGACGCAAUCGAUCUUCCCCCCGCUCUCUUAGCGCGACUCACAAUUGAACGAGUGCUGGGCGUUACUAAGCAGGCCGUGUCUGCAUUGCUGAAGGACCCCGCAACCAUACCAAGCAACACAUGCACUGUUGAGGUGAGCGGCCCGUCUGGAAAAGAUGCGCACUUAGAGAUUGACGGCGCCCGCUUGCAACACGAGGUACGGGCGUGUGUGAGGGCUGACCUAGUAACCGCACCGGACGUCGAUGUGGCACGGAGGAAGCUGGGGCUAGAAUAUGAGGCGAAGCUCUACGCUCUUCUGAACGACGCUGGUGUUGCAUUCGAGACCGAGGACGACCUGCGCGAGGCAGGGUUUAGCAAAACCCCGGACGCCAGGCUGCUGGUGCCGAUUGGGGUGCGCGGCCGCGUGGUAACGUGGAUCGACAGCAAGGCCAGCUUCGGGGACGACUACAUGCACCGCCAGCAGGCGGGCGAGCAGUUCCAGGGGUACGUCAACCGCUUUGGCCCCGGCCUGGUCAUCUACUGGUUCGGCUUCAUCGACGAGCUUCAAGACGAGCCGUCGGAUGUCCGUUUCUCCCAUCCGGACAGCUCAACCCUCCGUCCGGACGCUCAGAACGGCGACUCGGACGCCGGAGCCCGCUCUUCGGACGCCGGAAUCCGCCAGUCGGACGCCGACACCCGCCAUCCGGACGGCCAACCGCACCCGGACGUCCUGUUGAUGGACCGCUUCCCCGACGUAGCGGAAAUCGUUCAACUGCCGCAACUGUCCGUUAACCCGCGCCCUUAG